ACAUUUUUUGUAUUUGGCAACUGUUGAGAUUAGCAAUUUACACUAAAUUUAGAUUUAUGAUUGAUUUAUAUUUUGUUGUACGAUUUUUAUUUAUUUAUACGGACUAAAAAAUAUUUUUCUAUAUAUUAUAUAAGUAUAUCGUUAUCGCAAAUAUAUCGUGAUAAUCUUUUAGGGCCAUAUCGCCCACCCCUAAUUUGACUUGAAUUUCUUACAUUUGUCUGGAAAAUUGAAAUCUUCCCAGACAUGUGGAUGGGCACCAGGAAAAGCUGAAAUGUGUCUUCUACUUUAUAAGGUCAAUGCUUUUUUAAACUAAAAAAGUAGCUGAUGCAUGCAGACAGUUCAGCAUGACCUGCUGCAGAGGCUUGACCACUCAGCUGUGCUGGGUUGCCUCCUGAGUGUAGUGUUUGCUGGGGCUGUGCCACGGUUGGAAAGUGGAUUGUGAUCCUCGGGGAUGUGCUAAGUGGAGAGCUAUAUGCAUGUGUCGACAUGCAAGUGGUUCCUUCAUCACCGUUCCCCUCGCUUGUGGCGAUCCUAUUUGUAGAAGUUCAGGAUGACGGAGCAUAUUGCAUCUUGUGUUAUCUUGUUAAAGGCUCAUAAAUUGACAUAAAAACAUAUUCAGCUACUUGUCAGGACCUUGCUUUUGUUUUUCUCUCCUUAACAUGAAAAGCAACCACUCAAGUACAAAUUACCUGACUUGACAUCUAGGGACUUCCUGUGGUUGCAGAAAAAAAGUUUGAGCUAUAAUGAAGCACCACAGGAAAUGCGGAGUUUCGCUUCUAGCGUGUUCGUAUCAAGAAACCCCAAUGUCAGGUGUCAGCUGAGGCAUCAAAGAGCAACAAAAACAUCAUUACAUGUGCAGCAGCAGCACAUUAUGAAACCAAGAAUUUCAUCUCAGUUAAGGGUUCUCGAGCUGCAGGUACUCAAACUACUUCAGCCUGUUCCCGUCAGUAUGAUGGACUUUGAUGGCAAGACGUCCCUGAGUAGCGGCACUUGGGUGCAGGUGGAGUUCUACGUGAACGAAAACACCUUCAAGGAGAGGCUGAAGCUUUUCUUCAUCAAAAACCAAAGGUCAAGCCUGAGAAUCCGCCUGUUCAACUUCUCACUGAAGAUUCUCACCUGCGCCCUCUACAUACUGAGAGUCAGCCUGGACCACCCCUCCACGCAGAGCAGCGACGAGUUUUCAUGUUGUCAAACAUUAUCAACACGCCAGAGAGACAGCAAUACAACGAGCUCGGCAGAAAUCGACUGGUCGUUGAUUUUCUGUGUAAACAGACGGACCCCUGUAUGGGCGAUACAGGUGACAGUGGCCUUAAUCAGUUUCUUGGAGACCAUGCUUAUCACAUAUCUCAGCUACAAGGGGAACAUUUGGGAGCAGAUCUUCCAGAUAUCCUUCAUAUUGGAGAUGAUCAAUUCAGUGCCAUUCAUAAUCACGAUCUUCUGGAGACCAUUGAGAAACAUAUUCGUCCCUGUAUUUCUUAACUGCUGGCUCGCCAAAGGUGCUCUGGAGAACAUGAUUAAUGAUUUCCAUCGUGCCAUCCAGAGGACCCACUCUGCCAUGUUCAACCAGGUGUUCAUCCUCAUCUGCACCUUGCUGUGUCUGGUUUUCACUGGAGCUUGUGGGAUCCAGCAUCUAGAGAGAGCCGGGAAGCACCUGACCCUGUUUGACUCGUUUUAUUUCUGCAUCGUCACCUUCUCCACCGUGGGCUACGGGGAUGUGACACCUCAGAUUUGGCCCUCCCAGCUGCUGGUGGUCAUUCUCAUCUGUGUCGCCCUCGUGGUGCUUCCACUGCAGUUUGAAGAACUGGCGUACCUUUGGAUGGAGAGCCAGAAGUUAGGAGGGAACUACAGCCGCCACCGGGCGCAGACGGAGAAGCAUGUGGUGCUGUGUGUCAGCUCGCUGAAGAUCGACCUGCUGAUGGAUUUCCUUAAUGAGUUCUACGCUCAUCCAAGACUACAGGACUACUAUGUGGUGAUCCUGUGUCCAACGGACAUAGACAUUCAGGUUCGCCGUAUCCUCCAAAUCCCUCUGUGGUCCCAGAGGGUCAUCUACCUACAAGGAUCUGCCCUUAAAGACCAGGACCUGAUGAGGGCUAAGAUGGACGACGCCGAGGCCUGCUUCAUCCUCAGCAGCAGGAACGAGGUCGACCGAACCGCUGCUGAUCACCAGACUAUUUUGAGGGCUUGGGCUGCGAAGGAUUUUGCUCCAAAUUGCCCUCUCUACGUACAGAUUCUCAAACCAGAAAAUAAAUUCCACGUCAAGUUUGCAGAUCACGUUGUAUGCGAAGAGGAGUUCAAGUAUGCCAUGUUGGCGCUGAACUGCGUGUGUCCCGCCACGUCUACCUUAGUCACACUCCUGGUUCACACCUCCAGAGGACAGGAGGGGCAGCUGUCACCGGAGCAGUGGCAGAGGAUGUAUGGACGCUGCUCUGGAAACGAGGUCUACCACAUCCGUCUGUGUGACAGCAAGUUUUUUGGCGAGUACGAUGGGAAGAGCUUCACCUACGCCUCCUUCCAUGCCCAUAAGAAAUAUGGUGUUUGCUUGAUUGGAGUGAAGCGGGAGGACAACAAGAGCAUCCUGCUGAACCCCGGCCCCCGCCACAUCAUGGCCUCCACGGACACCUGCUACUACAUCAACAUCACCAAGGAGGAGAACUCGGCUUUCAUCUUCAAACAGGAGGAGAAGCACAACACCGGCCUGCCUGUCACUGGCCUCUAUGACGCGCCCUCCAGGCUGCCCGUGCACAGCAUCAUCGCCAGCAUGGUUGAUCAGGCCACUGCAUAUGGCACUGUAGCUAUAGAUCUGCAGAACCCCGACCCUCCCGAGGACAGCGGUAAGCUGACUCUGCCGACGGAGAACGGCUCCGGGAGCCGCAGGCCGAGCAUCGCUCCUGUCCUGGAGAUCGCAGACUCCUCCGCCAUCCUGCCCUGCGACCUCCUCAGUGACCAAUCAGAGGACGAAACCAACCAAUCAGACGAGGAGGGCUCCGUAGGGUCAGAUUUUGUGAAGGGCUAUCCACCCAACUCGCCCUACAUCGGCAGCUCUCCAACCCUGUGCCACCUCCUGCCACAGAAAGCUCCAUUCUGCUGCCUCCGCCUCGACAAGGGCUGCACACACAGCAGCUUUGAGGAUGCCAAAGCAUACGGCUUCAAGAAUAAGCUGAUUAUAGUGUCUGCGGAGACAGCAGGAAACGGUCUGUACAACUUCAUCGUCCCUCUGCGCGCCUACUAUCGGCCAAGGAAGGAGCUCAACCCCAUAGUGCUGCUGCUGGACUACCCGCCAGACAACCACUUCUUAGAGGCCAUUUGCUGCUUUCCAAUGGUUUACUUCAUGGCUGGCACGAUCGAUAACUUGGACAACCUGCUGCAGUGUGGUAUCAUCUACGCCGACAACUUGGUGGUGGUGGACAAAGAGAGCACCAUGAGCGCUGAGGAAGACUACAUGGCAGACGCCAAGACCAUCGUCAACGUCCAGACCAUGUUCAGGUUGUUCCCCAGUCUCAGCAUCAUCACUGAGCUCACUCACCCGUCCAACAUGAGGUUCAUGCAGUUCAGAGCCAAGGACUGCUACUCACUCGCUCUCUCCAAACUGGAGAAGAUAGAGCGAGAUAAGGGCUCCAACUUGGCCUUCAUGUUCCGGCUGCCGUUUGCUGCAGGCAGAGUCUUCAGUAUCAGCAUGCUGGAUACGCUGCUCUACCAGUCGUUUGUUAAGGACUAUAUGAUCGCCAUCGCCAGGCUGCUCCUGGGCCUGGACACCACGCCUGGCUCUGGGUACCUCUGUGCUAUGAAGAUCACGGAGGAGGACCUGUGGAUCAGGACUUACGGUCGACUCUUCCAGAAGCUCUGCUCCUCCAGCGCCGAGAUCCCCAUCGGGAUCUACCGCACCGAGUCGCACAUGUUCUCCACCUCCGAGUCCAAGGACAGUUACGCUCAGUCUCAGGUGUCCAUCAACGUGCAGCAGGGCGAGGAGCAUCGCGAGCGUGGCGAGUCCUGGAAGGAGAAGACGGCCCACAGGAACUCCACCACCAGCGACCAGUCGGAGCACCCGCUGCUGAGGAAGAAGAGCAUGCAGUGGGCGCGGCGGCUGAGCAGGAAGAGCGCCAAGCCGUCCAGCAGAGCGGAGCGCAUCUCACAGCAGAGACUCAACCUGUACCGCCGCUCCGAGCGCCAGGAGCUGUCCGAGCUGGUCAAGAACCGCAUGAAGCACCUGGGCCUGCCCACCGUCGGAUACGAGGAUGUUUCUAAUCUCACUGCGAGCGAUGUCAUGAAUCGAGUAAAUCUAGGAUAUUUGCAAGAGUUGCAGGACAUUUCAGAGCACCCGUAUACAGAGGGGACCAGGCCGUCAGACGAGAUGAACGACCACCAGAACACGCUGUCCUACGUCCUCAUCAACCCUCCUCCUGACACCAUGCUGGAGCUCAACGACGUCGUGUACAUUAUCCGCUCCGACCCGCUGGCUCACAUGCCAGAGGACUCGCAGGUGGGGCAGCAGGCCCGCAGCAGGAACCAGCAGGACUUUGGCACAGAGACCAGAGACGAGACUCACCUCUGAAACCCCCCCUCCCCCUCCCCCCCCUCGGUCCUCGACACCCUGACACCUUAACCUCUAAGCCGCGGCCAGGCCGACAGAGCAUGUUUGUCUCACACGGAUGAAGGCUUGUCUCGGGCCCAACAAAAAAAAAAAAAAAACAGCAGUCCAUAGUGAAUGUGCAUUAUGUGUCUCUCAGCCUCAGAUCAGAAAGAAUCAUUUGAAACAAGCUGGCCCCCUGAGAGACCUGCUGUUCCCCACGAGCUGCUACAGGAGGAUGCAUGAAGAGUGCCUCGUCAUCGACCCCGACUCCCCUCGCACACCUUCUGUACUAACACGCCACCCUCGCACCGGGGACAGGAAACGGCUCCCUCCUCUCCAACCAAAGGACCCAGAGAUGUUUUUGAGAGGUCUCCGGACAGUCGAAGGAGGUUUUCGUGCGAACGCUGUACAGGAUAUCAAACCACCGUUUCACUCAGGGGUGAAGUUGCCCUCGCGCCACGACUCGGGCCGACUUCCUCUCCACCCGUUUCUGCCUAAACUCACACUAAAGAGCCGAAUCUCCGGGGCAACCGCACCCUCCGUCACACCCGAAAAAUCAUGUUUUUUACAAGUAAAUGCUCUGAAUUUCCCACAAUUCAGGCAUUUACCAUGAAAUUACAGUACAUGUGCACUUUUCUUAAUUUAUUACAAAUCUGUUUGGUUUCUAAUCAGACAGACAGAGUUUCAGUUUCUUUAUGAGCACAAACUUUUUUACAACAGACUGUCAUCUGUGAAUAUACACACUGUAGUGGCAUUUUUUAUCAGCCAUAGUAGAAUCGUCAGCAUUUCUCUCUUUGUUUGUUUUGUUUUUGUUGUGGUUAUUGUUAGAGAGUGAAUAUUGUUUAUUUAUUUCGCUAUUUCAAUUGUCCCAAACCAUGACUGCUAUAAGGUAUGUGCCAUUCUUUUUGUUAGCUCUAUUUCUUUGUAAAUAUCUUUGAAAUGAUUUGUGCAUUAUGUGCCAUUUAUCCAUUUUAUGAUAUCAGUGUUAUUUUACAUUUUAGAGCCUGACCGAUAUUAUCAGAGGCUGAAAAGAUGAAAUGGUUAUGGUGGCAAUUUGAAGAAGAAAAUCAAAAAUGUAUUUACUGUCUACACGUUCUACUUCAGUUAACUUUUUAUAAGCUAAAAAAUAAGCAUAUUCAUGUUUUAUUUGUGUUUUUUUAUUGUGUUUUUGGCAGGUUAAUGUAUUCAAAUAUAAAAUGUGUCACUGGGUACAUAUCUUGGUCACAACUCUUGAAAACUAGAUUUAAAGAAAUGGUUUGAAAUCUAAAAAAAUAAGCUUAUUUGCUAUUUUGCAGAGCGUUAGAUGAUGAGAAGCUUGACACAAUUCUCAUAUCUGCACGAUAAAUAUAAAUAAAUAAAUGAAUAUAUAACACUAGAGCCAGCAGGUGAUUAGCUUUGCUUAGCUUAGCAUGAAAGCUUUAAACAAGCUGUUAAAUGUUUAGUAGAGAAGUAACGAUUACUGGAUUAAUCACUAGUUAUUUGGAAAAAAACUUUAAUUUCAGUUAUUACUAUUUCGAUCAUUCAAUCAUUUUAGUGAUUUUUUAACCCUCCUGUUAUGUUCGUUUCUCAGGAACAGCAUGUUUAAUUAUCGAAAAGUGUCAGAAACAAAAAAAUCCCAAUAAAUAUUGUUUUUAUUCCAUUAAUAACUCCAUUACUAACCAUUUCAAUCAAUAUUUAGUGCAGUGGUAUUCUUAACCUCUCACAGAUCAUGCUUCAAUGAAGAUAAUUCACUCGUUUUCAUUAAAAAUGCAUGUUAAAACUUUUUUUAUGCACAUUGGAAAGACCUACAUAUAAAAUACAAUGGUUUACAUGACGUUGAUUUUUUUUUUUUUUUUUUUUUUUAAUGAAAAAAUACUUUUUAAACUUUGAAAUGGGUGAAUUCGACCCGCAACAUAAAAAAAAAACUGCUGGUUUUAUGCUUCUUAGAUUAAUUUGCCCAUUUUCUCUGUCAUACAUGACAAUAAACUGAUUAGCUUUAGAUUUUGUGACUGUUGUCACAUUACACGGCUAAUUAUUCACUUUUCUGAAAGUUUAAACGACAAAACAAUUAACAAAAUAAUUUACAUUUCUCACUUAUUAAUAAUAAUUAAUUAAAUAAAACAAUCUUGCAGCCCUAUAAUUUAGUAAUCUUAAGAGGGAGACUAGCAGAUGAUGCUAACUGUUUCCCUCUGCUUCCAGUGUUUAUGCUAAGCUAAGCUAAUUGGCUAUGGCUUCAUAAUUGGCGGGAAAACUCCUUGUAAAUAUGCAAAUAAGCAUAGAAUUAAACCUUCAAAGUAUUACUUUAAAAUCAUAAUAAAAAAAAAAAAGAAUAUUGUCAGUAUUUUAUUAUCAUCAUCAACUCAGUGUCAGCCUUAAAAAAAUCCAAUAUCCGUCAGGCUCUAGUGUUUUUUUAAUUACUUUAUUCUUAUUAACUUUAAUCCAUUUGAAGUUGAUGGUAAAUAUUUAUUCAUAUUGUGAUCCUCCAGUUUCAUAACUCUUUUAACGAGUCUCAGUUCAACUGGUAGCAGAAUCGUUUUGCACAGACGGGCACAGUGGAGUCCAUUUCUCUCCUGUAACGUGUUUCUGAAAUCUAUUUGGAACUUUACUUGAGCCCGAAAACGAAGAAGAAGUGCUCUCCUCUCCAGAUUGUACAGGCCACACCUCGUGUAUAAGCCAGUGUCAGUGUGCAGUAUCUUAACCUUGAUUUAUAUUGUUUAAAUCACUGUAAAUACUACAAAUUUAUAUAUUUGUUCUUUUUUUUGUUGUUUUCGGUCUCUUCUUGUGUGAUAAAAGUGAAAGAGGACUUGAACUAUUUUUGCACUAAGCUCUGCAGAGGACGUGUAGAGCAUUAAGAGCAUGACCCUUUAAUCUGAAUCUGUACAACACGGACAGCGGACAGUAUUCAACCAUUCCUGUGAAGCAAAGACAAGUCAAGUGUGCAGUAACAUGUCAUGCAUUUCGUUGUUUAGAUUUGAUGUUUGAAAGACGUAUUUUUGCUCGAGUGAAUUCUUAUUUAUCUCUUAAAGAAAUAUGAUAGAAUGAUGUAUCUCAGAUGGAUUUUUCUUCUGCCAAUGUUUUCUUUUGAGGAGUCAGCAUAAGCUUUUUUUUCAUGUUUAUUAACAAGUAUGUAUUUUGCAGCAACUCGCCCCCUUCAGAAGUGUUAGUUUACAGGGCAGGAGAGCUGAGGAGUCACAGUGUGAGCGACCGCGAUGGAAGAUUCGAUCUGUGUGUGCUGAUCCAUUCAUGUAACGUCUUCCUCGGUCCUCACUCCUGACAAAUCUGUACACUCCACUAACAGUUCACGUCUACUGUCCAUACUUACAAAAUACCACAAGGGGCAUGCAAACACUAAACAGCAUGUUUUGAUAUACAAGCUUGCCAAGAACGAUACAUUUUGUACAUUUAGCGGGACAUUUAGUGGGGCUAGAAAAACCCAAUAAUCAAAUCAACUGCUUGCAAGUUGGAGCCAUUAUUUGAUACUGUGUAUUUAUAUGAAUGGAACAUGCAUGUUGUGUCCAGGUGUUAUCUAAAGCCUACGUAUUAUGUUUACCUCCACUUUAUGUUUUUAAGUCGUUGUCAGAAAGAGGUUGAUCCAUUUUGUACUAUUUCUUAUGAGAAACGAGUGUACUUCUCGACAUAUAAAAAUAUGAACAAAUAAAUGCUGCAUGCAGCCAGAUACGAUGAA